AUGAACCACGUGGAGUCGGGCACCCAGCUCCACCAUCUCCACCACAACCGUAUCACCGACCACAGCGAUCUGCCAUUGUUGGACGCGGACGAGUGCAGCAGCGAUCAGGAUGGCCAGAGCCCGAAAAUGGGUGAGUUCAAGGUUUUUGGUUUGAAUUUUUGGUUUUCCCGCCAAGUUUGGCAUACUACAGAAAGGUGAAAAAGAGAGUGAUAGUUAAUUUACAACUACUUUUUGACGUUUUUUAUCAUUAAAAUCAAACUUUUAAAAACUGUUUUUGAAUUUGCAAAAAAAAAUUUUGAAUUUUGAUUUUCCCGCCAAAUUUGGCAUUCUGCAAAAACCGACAAAAACGGUUAAACAAAAACUGAAAAUUGUGUUUUAACGUUAUUUAGGCUUGAAAAAAAAAGUUAUUAAGAAAAAUUUAAAUUUUUAUUUUGGCGCCAUUUUUGGCAUUUUGCAACAAGUACUGCAAAUCCUUGAAAUUGAUCGAAAAUGGUUUUCAAAUUAGUAAAAAUGAUUUUUUUUCGUAUUUUGGCUAAAAAAACGUAUUUACUGCCUUACUAAAAGGUAUAGCAAAGCAGUCACCGCUUUUUAUAAUCUGAUUAAAAAUCCUUGUACAUGCCAUUAUCACCCAACACUUUACAGUUGACUGUUUUGAAAUCUUACAAGUGAAAGCUCAACGACCGGUUUUCUAAAUUUAAAAAGUUUGUUUACCGCUUUUACUGUUGUUUUGUAUGGUAUCUUUAUGCUGGCACUUUUUGGCAUUAAAGUUUUUUUUAUUGUACUUUGUCCUUUAGAAUCCGUACUAACAAUAGUGUGAUUGAUAGGGUAAAGAAGAUGUCAUGGUGAUGUUAUGGAUAGAUUUUGCAGGAUAUUUGUAGAAAGAUAGGGCAGAGUAAUAUAAGGCAGGGUAAGAUAACGUAGAAUAGGGUAGAGUAGGGGUUUUGUAUGGUAAGUGUAGGGUAAGACAAGGACGGCAUAGCCAUUUGGUAGUAAGAUGACAUGAUGUAAUACGUAUUUUACCUUGCUUUACAUAAUAUUCUGAUAUAACAACAUAGCCUUAGAGAAAUUGGGAAAAAAGAUAUUACGCAACUUUUUAUUAUGCAAUAUUGUUUACUUUUGUAAAAUUUGCCCCGAUGUAAAACGGCCCAAUAAAUUACUGGGAGUACGGCAAUUUUAGCUUUUUCAGUUCUUUGAGGUCACAGUGAGCAGGUUAAGCCAUACUACUAUAACUUUAUCGGGUAUGGUAAGUUAGAGCUAGUGGUAGCGUUAGAUUAUGAGGUAUGGCUAGGGCGUGGGAAAACGCGUGGGAAUGCAAAUGGUUAUAAAUUUGGGCAGCGACAUCGGCAAAAAGAUAGCUUAGGGCAAAAACUAGAACUAGUACUAGAUCAUGAGCUAGGGAAUGAACAUAGGGCAUGGACUAGGGUUAAGGCUAAAUCUAACUUUAGGGUUAUAUCUAGAAUUAAAGAUACGGUUUUAGGCUAGAGUUCUAAGAUAGGACUCUGGGCUAGGGCUGUGGACUAAGGCUCUGGGCUAGGGCUCUGGGUUAGGGCUCUGGGCUAGGGCUCUUGGCUAAGGCUCUGGGCUAAGGGACUGGGCUAGGACUUUGGGUUAGCUCUCUGGGCUAGGGCUCUGGGCUAGGGCUGUGGUCUAGGGCUCUGGGCUAGGGCUGUGGGCUAGCGCUCUGGGCUAGGACUAGGGCUACGUCUGUCUAGGGUAUAAAACUUAAUUUUGGCGGGAUUUUUAUCGUUUAACUUUAAAUGUAAAAAAACCCUUCUGUACCACCCAAAGCCACCUUCCAGCACCUUCCAAUUAAAGCAUUAUACAGAAGCCAUAUCUAAUUUGAAAGAAACUUUGUAAGCAUCCAUACAAUACCAGUCACAUGUACCUUAUAUAGGGAUUGGACAAUAAAAUAAAUUAGUUUUACAUGAAUUGAGGGUGUAUGACUUUCGAUUAUUGGCAUGAAAGUCUGCAUCUCCAACAUGGUCCGAAAACUAAUUGGUAAGAAGGGCUUUUUUUUAUUUUUUUAAACUAAAGUUGUCAAAUGUUUACUUUAAAGUGUUUAAAAUGUAAGAUUUUGUUUAUUAUAAGUGUUUUUAAUACUUGUUGCAGAAAGCCAAAGUUGGCGGGAAAAAUAAACUUCAAAAAUAAAUUUAAAAUUUUAAUGAUAAAGCAUACGAAAUGGUCAAAAAUUACUAUAUUUUUACUUUAAACUAUUUUACAAUGUAAUAUUUUACUUAUUUUAUGCAUUUUAAACACUUUUUGCAGGAUGCCAAUUUUGGCGUAAAACUGAAAUUUAAAAUUUUUAAAUGAAAACUACUUUUUUAGCCUUUUUUAACUUUUAAUACAAUAUUAAAAGAAAAUUUUAAUUAUUUUUAGCAUUUAUUAUCACUUGUUGCAGAAUGCCAAUUUUGGCGGGAAAAUAAAAAUCCAAAAAAUUUUAAGAAAAAAUGAUAAUUUUAUAACAACGCUUCAGCUAUAGAAGAAAAAUAUCUUCAAAAUUUUUAUUUUUAUGUUAAUUCACCGUAUUUUAGCACACCGUCCGCGGACCUCCCUGACAAACACCGACGACACGCACCAAAGCCUGUUGAAUACCUCGACCAAUUCCAAUGAUACCAACAACAACUCCAACUCCCUGUCAUACUCAACACGACGAUCCCACAACCACGUCCCUCCGCUCAAUCUACAGUCGAAUACGACCACAUUAACAAACUUGAGUAACAAUAACAAUGGCAGCUUGAUGAUGAUGAACAACAACUUGAUGAGCAACUCGCUGCCCAACACAAUGCACCCCAACAUGGAUGUGGCCGAGCAGCAGAAGAAGUUUGCCCGCCGGCCAUCGUUGGGCGAGAUUGAGUUGGGCAAGGGUCAGAAGAAGCCGGAAUGGCCGCGGCUGGUGGCCAAGAACGGCGAAUGCAUGGUACGCCCCAUCCACAACCAAAGCCCAUACCUGAGCUUGUACAGGUGGGUCUGCUUCUGGAAACAGUAAGAGUUCAGCAGACCCUUUGCUCGUUCUUUUUUUACGUUCUCUCACCCACUCGUUUUUGGUUGAUUUUGGUUUGCCUACGACUUUUUUUGAGUUUGAUAACUUUAUGUUCAAAUUUAUGUUGUCUUGUUUCAGUUACACGUUCAGUCAGCCUAAUGUUGUUCAUAAGUCCUGUAUUUUCGUUAGAAGUCUCUUUUUGUCUUUUUUUAACAAGAAAAGUGUCAGACUUGCUACGCUCUGAUUGCGUUCAAACUUUUGGUAUAGAAAGAUCAUGUAAAUAUAAUUUCUUCAGCAAAGUAGCAAAUCGCGUUUUCCAGGAAAUCUCGAGAAAAUAGGGAUUAAAAAAUGACAUUUUGAAUUCCCGCCAACUUGGCAUUGUGUUUCAAGCUUGUAACUUUGUCAUUUUUUGACUUUUAAUAAUUUUUUUUUAUAUACUAGUAGAAAGACUUUAAUGGAUCUACAUUUUUAAAUUUGUAAGCGUAUUUUGUCUGGAAAGCCGAAAAAAGCGCUUGAAACACAAUGCCAAAUUUGCCAAAUUAGCGGGAAACCAAAAUAAUUUAAUUUUAAAACUCAAAAGCGCAAGCUAAAAUUUUUUACGGGUACAAUUGGUGGUACAAGGAAUUCAUAUAAAAAUUUAGAGCUGAUUCUGAGCAAGCAGGUAGGGUAUUUUUCUUGUAAGUCACCCUAAUGUUGCUCAUGUCCCGUAUUUUAGAAGUCACGUUUUUUAAUUUCAGCUUAUAAAUCAGAAGGGUCAGCACCGUUCCAAAUAGGGGGGGGGGUAGAAAAAGUUUCAGACCGAUCCGAGCGGUAGGAAAACAGCGCGGGAAAACAAUAUUCGAAUUCCGGAUUCUCGCAUUGGGUCCGAUCCGGUCCGGGAAGAACUCUGCUUGUGGUACUAUCUAAUAUUUUAAAGCGACGUGGGGCUUACAUUUAAUAAAAAAAAGUCAUUUUUACCUCUCAUUCCUUCAUUUUUAGUUGCUUUGGAUAUUGUAAAAAGGUGGCCUUGUUGCACAAGAAGGGUAUGCUCAUGCUUCCAGAAGUAACACUUUAUUUAGUUGUAAAUCUAAAGUAGAACUCCUGUAUAACAACUCUUGGCUCUCUGUAUCUUACUUUAAAACAUUUUUUCUAUUUCUUUAGUUUUGAUACAACGAUGAGCUAUACGACGAAACGUCUUUAAUGGUGUAACAUGUCAAGUUGAAAAAAAUUUAACUUUUAUAAUUUCUUGAAAGAACUUUUAAUAUAAGUCGUAUUUUACUAUAAAACUGUUAUACAAAAGUCCUACUGUAUGAUCCAUAGCCCUACGUUAGCUUUUGGUCGUCCUGCACUUCACUUACUGUUUCUAGUGCAUAUUACGAUCACUUUAUGUUGUUUUUACAAGUGUACGAUGAAUGGCAAUGUCAAAGUUAAAUUUUACAUUGCCAUAUCAUCGACUAUGUGUAAACUUCAUGUCAUAAUAUAAGCAUCAUUGUCAUUUUCAGAAACUGGUUUCACUUAUUAAUCGAAUACUCAUGGCGCAGUGUGAUAUCCGUGUUCGCGGCCGGUUUCGUCUUAUCAUGGCUGUUCUUUGGACUGAUUUACUACCUAAUUGUUCACUUUAGUGGGGAUUUGCAGCGACGACCCGAACAUAAGCAGUGCAUUGCCAAUGUGCAUAGUUUUAUUGGAGCUUUUUUGUUUAGGUAUGUUUAGCUUAUACUACUAUGACACAAAGACGUAUACGACAAAUUGAUUUUGGAAAGAAAGUUUUUGCGAUUUUUAAAAAAAUGGGUUUUGUAAAGAAAGUUCUCGUGUCUUUUCGAAAAAUGAGUUUUAGAAAGAAAGUUCAUGUAGUUUUUCCAAAUACAUAUAUAAAAUGGCCGUUUUUAGUUAGGAAAAAUUUGAAUUUGCCUUUUCCCGCCAAAUUUGGCAUUCUGCAACAAGGGCUGAAAAUAGUUGAAAAUUAAUAAAUAUGUUUCUAAAAUGCCUUUUUACUUACUUAAAGGACCAGUUCGCCCAUUCAAAUAUCAUUGGCAUUCUGUCGCAAAAAGCGUCGAAAAUCAGGCAAUUUCAAUCAGAAUCAUUUUUCUCACAAAAACGUGAGUGGGUCGGUGUCGAAAUGAUUUUUCUAAUUUGGGACCGACCUUCUCAGGUUUUUUGCAAAAAAAAUGAACGUCGAAUUUUUGCGACAGAAUGCCAAUGAUAUUUGAAUGGGCGAACUGGUCCUUUAAAAUGCUUUUCGAGAUACUUUUAUGAUAUUAAAGAAAAAUAUUUGAAAUUUCGAGUUUCCCGCCAAAUUUGGCAUUCUGCAACAAGAGCUCAAAUUAGUUCAAAAUUAUUAAAUAUGUUCCUAAAAGGCCUUUUUAAUUCCUGAAAUUGCUUUUUGAGACACUUUUAUGAUUUUAAAGCAUUUUUUUAAAUUGAAACUUUGAUUUUCCAGCCAACAUUUUAAAUUUUUAUUUUUCCGCCUAAAUUUGUAAUCUCGAAUUUCUCGCCAAAAUUUUGAAAUAUAAAUUUAGAUUUUUUGCUAAAAUUUUAAAUUCAAUCAUUUUAUUUUUCAUUUUCAGUUUGGAAUCUCAACAAACGAUAGGCUACGGCUCACGGUAUAUGACCGAGAUUUGUCCACCCGCCUUCAUAAUAUUAAGUUUACAAAUCGUGGUAGGCUUGCUACUACAAACAAUGUUGGCGGGAAUAGUUGUGGCCAAGGUUUUGCGGCCGAAGAAGCGAAAACAAGAGAUGAGGUUCAGUCAGAACGCAGUGAUUGGGCCGAUCGAUGAGGACGACCAGCGGCCCACGUUGAUGGUCAGGAUAGCUGACAUUCAACAGAAAUUGUACCUGGCCGAGUCUCAUGUUAGGAUGUAUAUGGCUAAAACUAGGAUAAAUGCGGUAGGUUUGGAAAGAAAAUCUUUGCGGUUUUUUGAAAAAUGGGUUUUGUAAACAAAGUUCUUGCGGUUUUUGGAAAAAUUGGUUUUGUAAAGAAAGUUCUCGCGGUUUUUCAAAAAAUGAGUUUUGUAAAGAAAGUUGUUGCGGUUUUUGAAAAAAAGGUUUUGUAAAGAAAGUUGUUGCGGUUUUUGAAAAAAAGGUUUUGUAAAUAAAGUUUUUGCGGUUUUUCAAAAAAUGAGUUUUGUAAAGAAAGUUAUUGCGGUUUUUUCGUGAUAACUAUACUUAUAUUUCUAUUUCAGCACGGUGCAAAAGAGCUGAUCGGGUUUCGCGAUAUGAACGUCGGAUACGAUAGUGGUUGGGAUCGGGUCCUACUGCUAUGGUAGGUUUAAUUUAACUUAACCUACUUUUACAAAGGUGCUAUUUAUCAAUUUCAAUUUCCAGGCCAAUAAUCAUCCGACACAUAAUCGACGAGGACUCGCCCCUAUACGGAAUGACACCGGAAGAGAUGGAGUCGAACGACUUCGAGAUCAUAAUGACAGUCGAAGGGAUCGUGGAGGCGACUGGAGCCACCUUCCAAGCCCGCACCUCAUUUCUGCCAUUCGAAAUCGAAUGGGGCCGGCGGUUCACACCGAUGGUACACCUGAAUUCGAAACGAAAUGAGUACGAAGUUGAUUAUGGGUUGUUCGAUGUGACCGAUCCGCUAGCCGACUACGUGCCGAGGAUCAGUGCUCAGAUCAAGGACGAGUUGGAGAGGUACGAAGACGAAGAGGAGGAGGAGGAACACAAGUUUCAUAAUAAAAGUGGUUUCACGUGA